CAGGUAUCUAUUAAGCUUGGUCAUGAAGGAACACUACUUGGCAUUCUUAGCGUACCUCCUGUGUUUUACCAUAACGUCUUCCCUGCCAGUACUGAUUACUGGUCCAACAGUUGCAGGGGAUAAAGUACUAUGGAACUCGAGCCCUAAAAAAGACGAACCUCACAUCGGAAACACUGGUUUCUUUGGGUGGAAUUUUGCCGUUGGAGAUGAUGGUCAAAGUCUCCGCCGACGCAUAAUAAAGUCGCCUCACCAUCAAGCAGAGAUUUUCUCUACCUUACGAGAAACUUCAAAGAAACAAAGACCAACAUUUGAUCCAGGUUGGCGUUUAAUGGGCCUUGGUAAACGCACGUACACGAAUCAACCCUUUUACAAUUAUUAUAAUGGGCCACUUAUGCUGGACGGUAUCGACACAAGUAAUGAAAACAUUCAGACAGCACGGCAUCCAGAAUUUGUUUUAGUUGGAUAUGACAGAGGGGUCAAAGAUAAAAACAGUGGUCAAUCGUUACAUGUUAACGAGCUUUCGUCACCCUCGUUGAGCAACUUUUUUGACAAACUUAUAUCUUCUUCUGACUCUGAAGAAGGGACGGACAGUUUGAACGUCAUCGAUCACUCAUCUUUGAACACUGAUGAAAUAACAAGAUUCAAGCCUCGAUCCACUGUUUAUGAAAGUCAUCACCCGGAAGAGUUCUACUUAAAGCUUCUAGGGUCUCGAAUGUUGGGUCAAAGGAGAAAUGUCAACAAGAGAAAUAAAAAGAAUGAAAAAAACCUAAAAAUCGAAGAACCUCAUAAGAUGUUUUUGGCUGUCUUGACAAUGAAUAACCUUAGAAGGUUUUUUGAUGAGCUAACAAAAGAACUUGAAGCUAAGGAUGAAAGUUUAGGUGAUUAUUUUCCAGAACCUCUUACGAUUCGACCUGCUUUCGUGGUGAAGACUCACGAUAAAGGGCGUACUCAUACAGAAAACAAGAAACCAUGGAUUUUGUGGCAAGAGAAGUCCAAGCCCAACUUUGAUCCUGGGUGGAAUUGGCCUGGAUUGGGUAGAAAGUAGUUGUGGUAUUAGCUAAUGAUACCAAUAACAUUAUGUACGCUGAGUUGACACGUUUCCGCUUUAUUUGUCUUUUCUUAUUCUUCCUAGCUUAAAAACGUUUUGAAAUCCUCAGUGAAAUUUUCAAAUAGUACUUCCAUCCAAACCCCUCUUAGAUCUUCAGUAGCUGUAUGUAGAAGACAUAAAUAUCGCAACAAAUAUCACAUAGAUAGUAAGAAGUACUUAUUUUUUUUAUCCAUGCGUAAUGAAUACAUUUGCUAAGCUAACGUCGAAUAUCAAACUAUCCUUCGUUACUCAUUUGUACUUACAAAAGAAGAAAUAACCGAGUAUUACUUCCGAGUAAGGAAUACAAUUUUUGUUUAGGUAGAGACAUGAAUUACACUGAAGAAUAUCCUUCACUAAAAUAUUCAUUAUAUAUUUUGGAGAGUUAGAAAAGAUAUUUUACAGUCAUAGAUGACCCGGCUCAAAUAAUUACAAAAAGCCAAUGGAAAUAAAAUGACAUGUAAUGGACAACAGAUAUCUCAUUGGUUGUCAUCUUUGUUUAUAAAUGUUGCAGCCAUUAGUAAUGGUUGCAUAUUCUUAACUUUUACUCUUCAUUAAAAAGCAACAACAUGACAAUGACUUAAAUAAAAACAAAAUAAUAAAUUUAUGAAAUACGUUGUUUAGUUGAAGAGUUAGGCCCAGCAAAAAGAAUUUCGUGUUUGGUCCAUUAAGACAGUAGUUCCCAACUCGUACUUCAAGGGGUCCGCCGAGAUCUAUCUGAGACACUAGAAAAUCUUUGAAAAACAUUAAAGAAAAAAUUAAUCCCGCUCCAUAAAAUUGAAGAGUGGUCUCGGUGAGUCCCCAAUGUGUUAUAUAAACCAACACUCAACCUACGCGAAUGGUCGACUCACCCUUUUAACGCAAGCAGCAGGUUUUGAUUAACGUAAACCACUCUUUAGUUUGUUUGUUAUUUUAUACAAAUCAUAUGUGUCAGGGGUACACCGGUGUCUCAAAGUUCUGAUUAGGGGUACAUGGGACAAAAGGUUAGGACUUUCUGAAGUAUUUAUUUAUUCAUAGAAUAUUUAUGAUAAUGGCUAUUUCGCUUUAUCGUAAACUAUAAAAGCAACUGGAAAUAUUGAUUUAAUGUAUUUUUAAGUUAUCAUAGAUUAUUACUACUCCUAAAAUCAGACAUUAAUUUCUAUGGCACAGUUUCCUUGAAAUUUACCAACACACGCCACAAGAAAUAAACACCACAAAACCAACUGUUUACAGACUUACAACUCUAAAAUCCGGAGUUCGAUUCCACCCGAUGGACAAAGCACAAAUAGCUCAUCGUGUAGCUUUUCGCUAAAAUAAAACAAGCAACAGUAUCAGCUUAUAUGAGUACAAUAGCGUCAUCUAUCGCUAAAACAAAGUUACAGCAGUUCAAAAGACGUAAAGGCUUAUGUAUCAAGUUUCGUUCACGAUUGGUUACUCUUUAAUAUCUAUCUAAGAUGGUUUUCCAGUAAUUACUUUCCAGCAAGGAAAAACGUAUGAAAGCAGGAUGUGAGGAUUCCAAUUAAAUACAAACUUUUUAAGUGAUGAAGCUUCCAACGUAAUAAGCAGAAAUUGUGAAAGAUAUAUAUUAUUAAAAAGUUUUCAAACUAAUUAAACGGUAUAUUUUAUUUAAUAAAAUACAAAAGUUUAUAAAUUGGUGCUAUUACUUUAGUUAGUGAUUAGUUGCUUUCCAGAUGAAAUGCUGACAAGAAAAAUAUAAUAUAAUACAUUUCUUUCAAAAUAAUAAAAAUAAGUCCACGGUGACUCAGCGGUAAAUCUCACAGCUUAUAAUAGUAAAGUUCGGUUUUCGAUACCUGCUGUGGGCAGAGCACAGAUGGCUCAUUGUGUAGCUUUGUGCUUAAUAAAAAACAAACAAACAUAAAAAUUAAAAACAUUUCAUUAAUUCGAAGACAAGCUUUUGCGAAAGAUAAUUAACAAAAUAUAUCUUAAAAAUGUAUUAUGUAGGCGUUUAGUUUUACAAUAUUAUAUAUAAACUUUUUGGUGAGCGAAACUGAACUGAGAAAACAUCCUAUUAAAACAGUUGGUAUAUUAAUUAAUUAACUUGUUUUAUAGGAACAUGAAAAGAACUGUCAUUUUUUGUCAAGGGAAGUAGAUAAAAUGUGAUAUUUAAACAGCUCUUCUGCAUACUGUAGGCCUAUCAACAUAUAGUAAGCUGAUAUAUAUAUUUAUUUAUCUUUAUUUAUGCAUAUAUGAGUAUAUUCUGUUUUUAUGUAUAUGAAUUUCCAUAAAAUGCAUGAAAAUGAUUUUAAAUCUAUAAACAAAUUAAGCAAGUUAUCUACUAGUACAAAUUCAAAUGUUAGUUGUGCUUAAAUACAGAAGUAUUUUGAA